GAUUGCCAGUGGUUUAUUCAAUAGAACAGCCACCACAAUACGAAAACUAAUUGAGGAGUCUGAAAGGCCAGAUAGACCAGAUAAUUAGUUUCUAAUGAAUAUAAGUAAUUAUUAUAGCUAUGAACAUAUCCAAUGUAAGGUGACAAGCAAAUACUUUUCAAGUUGUGGUAUGGAUGAAAGCUUGUCAGACUUUCAAGAAAAGAAGAAAUGUUUUGAAGCUGUAAAAAUACAAAAAACUAUAAAAACAAGAAAGAAACAACCUAAACUGAUCAGAGGCCAAAGAAAAAUAAAAUCUUUACUGAACACUAAGAAAAAUGAAUUAGUUUCUUACUCGAAGGACUUUGAUAAUAUUUGUAAACAAUCAGGCAUAGAUGUUGACCCUGAACAGUUACAACUAGCAGUGGCACUAUCGAAAUCACUUCAACCUGUAGACAAUACUGGACCAUCAACUAGUCAGUUGAACACGCAAGGUAGAAGUGCUAAAAUUCGAUCAACUUUACAAGAGUAUGGAUUUUCAGUGCCUGUGAUUAAAAUAUCAAAUCCUAACAAGAGAUUAAAGAAAAUAAGGAGAAAUUACAAACUAUUAUUAUCAACGGAUGCAGAGAAACAACAAGUAAUUACUGAUAAAUAUUCACAAGUUUUGUUUGAAAACAUUGAUAAUAACAAAAACUGUUCAAGUAAUUGCUAUAAUGAUUUUUCUGAUGUACAUUUAUAUUACUUGUCAACAAACGCUGCAUAUAAUGACAUAAGAAGUAAUGAUGUAUUUUAUGUUUCUAACUUAGCAAUAGAGAAAUCAACUCCUGUUGGUUCCUUGCUAAAGGAUUGGUCAAAAAUCCCUGGCAGACCUAUAAGCCCUAAGCCCUGUGAAAAUAAAAAAAUUGAUACAAGUAAAAUUCUGUGUUCUGAAGAUGAAUUGGAUAUUAUUCUUAGUGGAUCAUUAAAAUGUGCUCAAAAUAUUGUUAGUAGGGCUAACAGAGUGCUUAGUACAAUGACUGAUAUAGGAGAAACCGACUGUUGUACAAAUAAAGCUAAUGAAAUUAAAAUUAAUUUGAUUGAUGAAACAAAAAGUGAAAUGAAAGAAACAAGUGUGAUUUCUAAUAUAGACUUAGUUGAUAAUGAAAAUAUUAGAAUAUUAAAAGUAUCACAACCAGUAAGAAGUUGUUCUCCAGAUUUAUUUGAUGAUGACACAGUAUCAUUAUGUAGUGAUACAAAUGAAGUAACUAUAUUGAAAUCUCUAAAAACUGUACAUAGUAAAACAAAUGAGGAUAUUAUAGAAAUAAUAGAUUGUUCUCAUUAUGUAGCUGAAGUUAAAACCUUAAAUACAGUAGCAUUGCCAGUUAUCAAUUGUACAUCAAGUUCACAAUCAUCUCAAAAAACUGAUAAUUUAACUAGGAAGUCAUAUGAUCCUAUGGAACUUACUGAAUGCAUUGCAUUAGAAGAUAAUUUCAUUCAUAAUGAAAAUAAGUCUAAUAUACUGUUAUCAAGUUUAAGUAAUAUUACAAAAAGAAAAUCUAAUGAUUUUAUGGACCUAACAGAGUGCCUUGCACAUUAUUCUGAACCCAAAUCAGUACUUAAUGAGAAUGAGAUAGACUUAACUCAAAAUUAUAAUAAUAACUAUGAUAUAGAUAGGAUAGAUAAAAAUGUAAUAAAUGAUGAUGUAUCUAAUAAUGUUGAUUUGACGCAAUCAUCAAAUUCCAAUGACAGUUUACCCUUCGUCCAAGUUAGUGGUAAUGUUGAUAAAUCAUGUGAUUAUACAAUAAUUUUAAAUAAUUCUGAAAUUAGUCAAUCGCAAACAAAGAAAAAGAAGGAAAAAUCAACAGAUAAUAUAGGAAAGGAAAACCUUAGUUUGGUUCCUGAGGUACCAGCCAAAAUGGACAAUAAAUUGGCAAAUGAAAGUUUUUUCAAGGAUUAUAAUUACAAUCAUUCAGAUGAUGAUAUAAAAUGCAAUAGUGACAUCUAUAAUAAUAAAUUUGACACUGAUGAUUUAACACAAAGUACAGAUUCUGAAGAAUGUAACAAUGAAGUCAACCAUAAUAAUGUUCAGUCUUCAUAUAAUAAAAUCAAUGAUGAAAAUAUCCAUGAAAUGUCUAUUGACUAUGACAAUGUUUGUUUAGAUAACAAUAUGCAUAUCAACCGAAAGAUUUCUACUUCAAACGACAGUAGUUUAAGUAAUUCUCAUAUUCAUGCUAUAGCUGGUAAGUCACCUGAGAAACAAGAAAUUCAGUCUAGUCAGAAUUCUGAGGCUUUCGAAAUUUCUGACAGGGAAUUAGAUUAUUCCCUUCAUAAAUCUAGAUAUGAUGAAUCAAUAGAUAUAAAUUUUCCAAACUUGUCAACUAUGAAUAUUGUAUCGAAUAACACAAAAAAUUAUAUAUCUGAUAAUAAUGAGACUCAGCUAGUUACUUUAAACAGAUCUAUGAGUGAUAGUUUUCUACCUGUAGUUAAUAUUAAAAGAACAAUUCAAGAUGCAGAUACAUUUCAAACACAACCAUGUAAUUCUACACAAAGUACUCCAGAGAAAACAAAUACUACUGCUGCUACAUUAAGAACACCUACUAAUGAUGAUUACAUUGUAAAAGUACAGGAAGUUACACCAAGAUUGGAUUAUGCAUCUAUGACAACUCCAGAAAGAAACCAAGAACUUGAUAAAUAUGGUUUAAAGCCAUUCAAAAGAAAAAGAGCUAUUCAACUUUUAACACAUAUUUAUAAUCAGACUCAUCCUGUAAUAGCCUCUUAUGCAAAUGAAGAAUUACCAUCACCAUCAAAAAAACGUAAAACAGACACAAACAAUCCACAUUCUGUUUCACCGAAAAGAUCUCCACUGAAACCAGCUAAAACUCAUGUUGAAGAUGUUAAAGAAAACAUCUACCAAAUAACAAAAGACAUACCGGAUCUGAGAGAAAUAGAGUGUAGUUCUGAGGAUUGGGUAUUGCAGAAAAAAGAAAAGGCCAGGGUGCAUUCUUCCAGAGUCCCUCUUCAUAUAGCGUUCAAUAACUACCUGUCUUGCCGGCGAGGUUUGCGGGAGGCAAUAUUACGAUAUGAACCCGUCAAUAUAGAUAUUAUACAUAAAGAAUUGGUGGCGUGUGGGCACAGAUAUGAUGCAAAGGAUCUUUUGAGAUUUAUGGACAAGAGGUGUAUAACAGUCAAAACAUCAGAUAAUAAUUCCAGGAACAAUAAGAAAUAACACAUAUCUGUUGUAUUCAUUUUGUGUAGCAUAUCUACAUUAACAUUAAAGAGAAGAGAAUCUUAAUUGUGUUUA